AUGUCGGUGGUGGUGAGCAUUCCGUUCGCCGGCCUCUUCAUCGUCCUCUCCGUCGUCGGAAUCAUCGGCAACGUGAUUGUGAUCUACGCGAUUGCGGGCGACAAGAAUAUGCGAAAGUCGGUGAUGAACAUUCUUCUGCUCAACUUGGUCAGUCCUCAGUUUCCCAUGAACUUUCAUAAUCUUAAGUCUUCUUUCCAGGCAGUCGCAGAUCUGGCCAAUCUCAUUUUCACCAUUCCCGAGUGGAUAUCGCCCGUCUUCUUCGAAAGUUCCGAUUGGUAUGUUCCUCGUCAUGUUUUCCCAUUCUUCGAGCCAUUCUUUCACAGGUUAUUGCCGUCGUGGAUGUGCCCCGUCUGCAGAUAUCUCGAAUGCGUCUUCUUGUUCGCCUCCAUUUCGACUCAAAUGAUUGUUUGCAUUGAAAGGUGUGGUGGAACGAGAUUUUUAAACUAACAAAACACUCGGAAGUUGAACGUCACGCCAAGUUCAAAGUACGUAAAGAGAGUGGAAGUUCUGCAGGUACAUCGCCAUCGUCCUUCCGAUGCAAGCACGUCACCUCUGCUCGCGUCGCAACGCCCUUAUCACCAUACUCGCUGCGUGGGCGUUCGUCUUCUGUUUCGCCUCUCCGUACGCCGUCUGGCAUUCCGUCAAGUCCAGUGAGUCAUCAGAUUGCCACCUUUCCCUCACCACAGUCAGCUCUAGCCUUUCCCCUUUUGGUUGUUUUCUGUUCAUCCCCGACAACUUUUCAGCAUUUCCAGCCACUUGCUCCAAUACCGCAGGCAAAUCCACGUGGUGGGGCAGGUACAAGCUGUCCGAAUUCCUCGCGUUCUACGCCAUUCCGUGCCUCAUCAUUAUCGGAGUGUACACUAAAGUGGCCAGAGUGCUCUGGUCGAAGGAUCCGACACUUCAGAACGAGAGUGAGUUGGAAUGCAGGGGGUCCGGAGUCCAUCAGAGGUUUUCAGCUCGAUCCUGUCUGGAAAAGACGUCGUCUCGCAGCUCGGACGCGCUCAGAACGCGUCGGAACGUGGUGAAGAUGCUGAUCGCGUGCGUGGCCGUCUACUUUGUCUGCUACUCGCCAAUCCAGUUCAUUUUCCUCUCAAAGUCAGUUCAGUUCAUCACCAUCCCAACCGUUUCUUUUCCCUUUUCCAGAGCCGUUCUCAACGUGACCAUCCAUCCUCCGUACGAGUUCAUCCUCCUCAUGAACGCCCUCGCAAUGACUUGCUCCGCGAGCAAUCCCCUUCUCUACACACUCUUCUCCACGAAGUUCCGCAGAAGGUGCCGCCCGUUCGCGCUCUGAUCCCUGCUUGACGCCCUUUGUAUUCUAGGUUGCGUGAUGUCCUGUACUGCUCGUCUGACGUUGAGAACGAUGCGAAAAAGACGUACAUCUCGAUCAAUAACACCUCGAUUACCGCCGCUCCACGGGCUAGUUUCAAUUGA